AUGGCAACAAUAUUCCAAGAUGCCCGACUCAGUACAUCGAUAGCCCGGAAGAUCUACUCUUCUCUUCCGUCUGCCUCUUCCACGAGACUGUUACAGCUCGAGCCAGGGUCGUACAACGACCGCCUCGAAGCUUCACUCGUUGUGGUGGAUAUUGAAUCGCCCUUAUGCUCCGAGUAUGAAUGCAUAUCCUACACGUGGGGUGACGAGACAUCCCCCAACUCCAUCAACGUUGAUGGGAACGAGGUCCCCCUCCGACUGAAUCUGGAACAAGCUCUCCGUCGCUUUCGCUCAGCGACUAAGUCCAGGCUGCUUUGGGUCGACGCAAUCAGCAUCCGACAGGACGAUGCGGACGAGAAGGCCCAACAGGUGACAAUGAUCGGCGACGUUUUCCAAAACGCCACGCGCGUCCUGGCCUGGCUGGGCGAGCACGCUGACUCCAGCGAGAAUCUCUUCGACAUCUCCGAAGAAGCUGCGACGAGCCUGUUCGACCGCGACCGCGCCCAGUUCCGGCAAAAGUACGACACGCUGGCCCGGUUCAUGGACCGUCGUUACUGGCAUCGGACGUGGAUCGUCGCUGAGAUCGUCUGCGCCCGGGAGUUGGUGAUAUGCUGUGGGCCCGACCGGAUCGCGUGGAGCCAUCUGCUCAAGUACAAGUUCACCGACGUAAUGCGAUUCGACCAGGGCUGGACGAGAAGACUGACCAAGCUGGACGACGCGAGACAGGCCCACAGGUUUGCUCACAGCAACCACCCAUCCCACAUAUCCGACGUGGAAUGGGAGGGCCACCGCGAACUGCAGGGAUAUCUGUACGCGACGGAGAACACAGAGUGCCUCGAGCCGCGGGACACGAUCUUCUCCCUCCGCGCCAUCCUGCACAGCACGAGCAUGCGCAACGCGAUCCGUGUCGACUACACCAUCCCCGUACCUGAGCUCUGCGCCGCCACCCUCAAGGCCGCGCUGGUCUCCUACGACAGCUCCCAAAACAACAUUGCCGAGUUUCUUCUUCUGUCAUACCAGCUCGACAAGAGCCUGGCAAUGACCCUUCCCAAAAGACUCCAGCUGAUCGACCUUCUCCUUGACGACCCGGAAGGCUUUGAGCCACCGGCACUCGCCAUCGUGAGCGACAUAUUGUCCGACGGCGCGGCGGAGAAGUUCUUUGGGAUCGAGUACGAGCCUUACGACGAGGAAUGGAAUUGGGAACAGAAGAGAGACCAUGUUCUUUCGUGGCGCGACAAGGCCAGACGGACAGGGAAGUGGUCUGCCACCAGUUCGUGUAACGACAGCACAGGCUCAAGACUGAGGUAA